AUGAAGCCUCUUGCCAGAAUCUAUCCUCCUGGGGAUCCCCUUAUCUGGAUAAUUGGCCUGUUUAACCUACUCAUCACAACUUACCUUGCCAGCCGGCAUUUUGCAGUUUUUGCCUGCGAUGUUGAUGUAGAGAGUAACAAUAAGGCAACACUUUCCUCAGGCACGCACAUUCUGACAGCACCAAAUCAUGACAUCGUGUUAAUUUGCUGUGGUGGGGUUAAAUGGACAUAUGAAAGUGUUCCAGAUAGAAUGCAGAGCUAUGAGAUCCAACCUCAUCCUAUGGCACAGCGUUAUAACUCCCUUCGACGUGGCUUACCCAAUAUGGAGACGCGUCCACGUUCUGCAGGUCUCGGCUACCUGCCUGGCUCUGCGGACCUCAGCCAGCCAAUAAGCUACGACUUGGCUAAACCUAUGGAACAGCUUCAACUGCCUAGUAUGUCGCCAAUGUGGCGUCGUUCCAACACUGCGGAAGGAAUAGCAUAUUCUAAGGUCAUAGAAUCUGACUUAGGCAUCGGUGGUAGCAUGCUAGAAACAUCACUGAACAAUUCAGAAGACCAAGGGAUGUCAGAAAUCCAUAAUGUGUUGGUCAUGAAGCCCGAUGAACUGGACGAACCGAAUACCUACUUUGGGAAUGAGAAUAAAGCCGAGAACUUGUUAAAUCUUCGUCGAGCAAGAUAUACAAAUCCGGUGAGCCAAAAAUAA